AUGACAACUGUGAUCGAAACCUGCCGUAUUCCGCCUUCACAAGGCAGCGCCGCCGAGCUGUUCCUGCCGCUCUCCUUCUUCGACAUGACUUGGCUGCAUCUCAAUCACACCCGCCGCCUCAUCUUCUACAGCCACCCAUGUUCACAAGCUGAAUUCUUCAACACCAUUGUUCCAAACCUCAAACACUCUCUCUCUUUAACUCUCAAACACUAUCUCCUUGUCGCCGCAAAUCUCCUCUACCCUCUCGACACCGUCUCGAAACCCGUUUUCCGUUACAUCUCUGGCGACUCCGUCUCCCUCAUGAUCGCUGUCUCCGGCCUCGAUUUCGAAGAGCUCGUGGCAGAUCACGCUAGAGAAUCUGAUCAGUUCUAUGACCUCCUUCCUCGGAUGCCCAAUAUGUCCGAGGAAGAAAAUUACAAAAUUAUCCCUCUCAUCUCUCUGCAGGUGACUCUCUUUCCAGGCCGGGGAAUCUGCUUAGGUUUGAACAAUCACCAUAGCCUCGGCGACUGCAGGUCAAUCAUCGGAUUUAUAAAGGCGUGGGCCAUGAUCAACAAAUCCGGCGAUGAUGAGGUGUUUGUUUCUAGAAACGAAGAAUCUUUGCCGUUUUUCGAGAGACCAAUUUGCAAAGAUUCUAGUAGACUUGAUGGAAUAUUCUGGGAUGUGAUGAAGAAGAUUCCUUUAAAGCCGGCGGCGACGCAUCCAUUGCCGACCAAUAGAGUGAGAGCUUCGUUCAUCCUCCGCCAAUCCCACAUAAUAAAACUCAAAAAUCGGAUCUUGUCGGCGAAGCCAAACAUAGAUCGAGUCUCCACUUUUGUGGUUGCGACGGGCUAUGUCUGGACCACAUUGGCGAAAUCCUUGGGUCCCGCUGGAGAGGAAGAUGAACAUGAGGUGUUCUUUUUUUUGGCCGAUGGCACGGGGCGGCGGAACGCGCUGUUCGAUCCACCAGUGCCGGUGAAUUACUUCGGCAAUUGCUUAGGUGUCGGGGUGGUGAGAGCCGAGUAUCGGAAAUUGGCGGCGGAGGAUGGAUUUGUUGCGGCGGCGGAGGCUAUCCUUGAUGAGAUAAAGACCAAAAUCUACGAAGAAGAUGAGUUUCUUAAGAGCCCGGAAAAAAUGUUGACGGAUACGGCGAAAUAUAAGGAUACGAGGGCUUUGACGACAACUGGUUCCCCCAAGUUUGAUUACACGGAGGCGGAUUUCGGAUGGGGGGAGGCGGAGAAGGUGGAGUUUCUGUCAUUGGACGAGGGAAACUCGAUUUUUCUGUCUUACUCCGGCGACGGCGAUUUGGUCGUCGGUAUGUCGUUGACCGAGGAGGAGAUGAAGACUUUUGCUUCUAUGUUUGCAACUGGUCUUGAUAUGUGAUGUUUGUCUAGGACAAAUAAAAUGAGAUCGAUGUAUUAAAUUGAUACUUGGAUGCGGAACUGUACUGGAUUAAAU